CCCAAUGUCAACAAUCUGAAGAAGGCGGCAGCUGGCUUUGCAAUGCGGUGGUAGCAAGCCUAGCUAGGAGAGGGGGAGUCCGAAAGACCCUCACGCCUUGUAAUAGGUACUACAGUAUCAGGGCAAGGAGGGGUGACUUCACUUUCAGGGAGCAUCUCAACAUCGCUGUGGAGAAAAAGAUUAUGUCUCCAUAGUCAGCACCAGCUAAGAUAGAAAAGAAAGGAGCUGGUUGGAGCAGCUGUUGUGCUGAAGACUCAAGGAAGGAGACUCUCGUUUGCAUCUGUGUUGUGGAUGUUGAUGUUGUUGAUGGUGUAAAGGUGGCUUUGAGUGACACAAGGAGACGCUUUGGCUGCCACUUCCUGUUUGUAUCCACACAGCCACAGACCGAGUUCAAGCUGGUAGCCUGUCUCAGAACCACUGAGCUGAAGGGGGACUGCAGCAGCCCGACUGCUGCUACCAUGGGCGGCGGUCACUGGCCCGGGGUCAAAGUAUGGACAAUGUGGAUAUUCCUGGCAGGUCUUGCUGCAGGUGUCACGCAAGCAGCCCCUGUGACUGACUGCAACAACCUGGCGGCUGAAAUAUCGGCAGCAGGGGCGGGAGGAACCGUCGAGAUCCAGGGUAUCCUCCCCUGCAGUUCCCCCAUAACGAUUGGCAGCAGUGUGACGUUGGCCGGAGUCUCUAGCAAUGCAGCCAACGACGGAUUCGACGGCCAGGCCAUGACACAACUCUUCGUCGUUCAGGGGUCUGGAACGCAGGUUAACUUCAAUUUCCUGACACUUACAAACGCGAAGACCAAUGCGCAGGGUGGUGCGGUUUUGGUCAACUCGGCGGCCUCGGCUUCCUUCUCCAACUUUGUCAUCAGCAACUGCGUUGUGAACACUGGUUUUGCUGGAGCGGCCGUGUUCAUUGGAGGUUCAGCCUCGUUUUCCGACGGGCUGAUCACUGGCAGCAGCUCGGACUAUGCUGGGGGUGCCAUCUUCGCUGACACAGGCUCCUCACUCAGUCUCGACAAUGUCCAGUUUACCAACAACGUGGCUCGCACAGGCGCAGGAGGGGCUAUCUUUUCAAAUUCUGGACUGCAGGCGUCCUUUACGUCAGUCACCUUCGAUACCAACAUGGCGGCAACCGACGGUGGCUGUGUCUUUCUUGGCGGCUCCAUCAAGUCUACGUUCGCCGGUUGCACCUUCACGAAUUGCACCUCAACGAACGGCCGAGGUGGCGCCCUGUUCAUGGGAGGUGACAACGCUUUAACGUCCAUAAUAGACACAUCCUUCAUGGGAAACCAGGCGCUUGGAAACGGUGGCGCGGUCUUUGUCUCAAGUUCCACGUCCGUCACGACGCUCACAAACGUCCAAUUCACCAACAACAAGGCCACCAGACCUGCUUCCGGUGGCGGGUCUGCCGGAGGCGGCAUGCUGGCUGAUGGUGACGUCAGCAUGCAGCAAGUCACAAUGACUGGCAACACUGCGACGUUAAGUGGAGGCGGUCUGGCGACUCAAGCUGACCGUGUGAGGAUCACAAUGUCCGACAUCGAGGGCAACGACGCUACAUUUUCUGGAGGAGGGGUCUUCGUUUUGAAGGGAAAUGUACAGAUCGACACAACGAAGUGGCACAUCACCGCAAACAACACGGUCACCGGCACCAACGGCGGUAACCCAAAUGACGGGUCGAGGGAUGUAUUUGUCAACGAAGGUGGCUUCGCUUACUUUUGUGACGAGCUUCCAUGGCCCGGGAAUACAAACCCGCAUACUGUCUCAGGACCAUACAGUCUUGGUUGUCCCGGUUACAACAACACCACCCCUAUCCCUGCCAACAAAGACUGCGUCAGCUUUUUGACUGCUCUCCAGAACGCGCCCAACGAUGGCACUGGCGUAGUGAACUUCACAGACGUCAUCCGCUUUGACGCGCUCACUUGCGGCACCUUCUCGCUUCCUUUUGUGAUCAGCAAAUCGGUCACGAUUCAGGGGGCGUCUGACAACCCGCUCUACAACACUCUCGACGCAUACAACAACAACGCCCUGUUCAGGGUCACGGGCACCGGAGUUAGGGUCUUUUUCAAUCGCGUGCAACUCACGAGAGGAGUGGGAGGAAACGGGCCAGCGAUCAGCGUCGAAUCAGGGGCUUUCGUACAGACCAAUAACGCCGUCUUCUCGUACCACCAGGCAACCGGUAAUGGAGGUGCGAUCUACCUCGCCCCAGGAACCAGCAUCGAAAUGUUGUCUGGUACAACUCUCACAAACAACAUCGCGAAAAAGGUCGCCGGAGGUGGAGGUGGCAACGGAGGUGCCGUGUAUGGUGAUGAUGGAUCGAAGGUCUACUUGUACACUGUUACCAUGCAAUUCAAUAAGGCGGAACAGGAUGGUGGUUCUCUUUGGGUCGGAGGCAGAUUGGACAGCUUCUUUACCACAAUGUCAAACUCGAAUGCGGGGGGAUUGGGGGGUUGCGCUUUUGAGAAGAAAUCGUCAACCUCUCUUGAUGGCGGGUUUUAUCAGGGAGGGCUUUUCCAAAUCUGCAACGCGGUACAAGGAGGUGCCAUGUACAUCCAGGAUGCUCAGGUCACUUCCUUGUUCACCGGUUCCUUCAACAAUACAAUAAGUGGACCAGACAACUCAAGGAGCGUUUUCAUAACGCCGGGGGGUCUCCUGCGAAUCUGCUCGGAUCAGUUUGGCUUUAACUUCGCCACAAUCGUUGGGCCCUAUGAAACAAUCUGCCCGCUGAACAUUCCCGACGUCGCGAGCACGUGCCCGGAGCUCCUCAUGAGAAUCGCGAACCCCGUCGUAUACUCGUAUGAUGGCGGUAACAGGGAUCCUGCGGUGCCAACCAUUCGUUUCACGGGCUUCAUCACCUUGUCACCCGAGUCGUGCCCAGCUGGGACCACCUUCCCCAUCGUGAUUGACAGCGAUGUUGCUGGGCUGCGGUUCCUCGGAGAUGACGCUAACCCACAGUUCAAUCAGAUCACGGGCAACGGCUCAAACGCAUUGUUCAAAACGACCAACCCAAACGGGAUCCGGUUUGAGCGCCUGUGGCUGACAAGGGCCUUGAGAGCUUCUGGCAAUGGGGCGUGCCUGGAGCAUACUGCUGGGCCGCUGACUAUCCUGAACGUCAACUUUCAGGACUGCAUUGCUACAAACGGAAACGGAGGGGCUGUCUACCUGGGCCCCGGCACCAGCGCUUCUACGACGAGCUUUGCAGCUCUGAGAAAUUAUGGGCAAUUCGGAGGCGCGAUGUAUACGGAAUCGAACGUGCCUGUGAUCGCCAGCGGGUCUGGGUUCUUUCAGGGAGGCGCUUACCAGAAUGGCGGUGGAAUCUACGUGCAAGGUCCCUUCAGCGCCAGCCGGACGUCCAUCACUAGCAACAUGGCGGAUGCUUUCGGUGCUGGGCUCUACAUGACCGGCCCUGCCAACGUCCAGUGGAACACUGGGUCCUUCGACAGCAACACGGCAGGGACCGAAGGAGGGGGUGCCUUCUUCGGUGCUAGCACUAUCUUCAAGGGGGUCUUCUUUACCCAGGCCAACAACCAGCGCAGAGGCAAAUCGAGGACUCCCCCGCUGGGGGGUAGCAUCUCCGACGCAGGCUAUCUGGACACUGGCGCCAUGGUCACGCUCUGUCAGUACACGGGCCAAAACAACGACCAAGGGAAUAAUGGCACGACCCCGUACCAGUACUUCGCUGGGCCGGGUAAAGAUGGCCUAGUUAUCUUUGAUAACCAAGACUGCACAAACGUCAACUCUCCCCCGGUGGCAACCAGCGCUAAUCCACCCCCUGUCUCAAUCACUCCCUCUCCCCCGGGCGUGAUCUCCUCUCCGCCGUCAGACGUUCCUCCCCCUCCUUUCCCGACGAACGUCGCGUGCGACCCGGCGUCCCCCUUCAAGUUCACCUGCUACAGCAGUGGGGGGGACAGUUCCAUCUGCUGCGACACCCCCUGCCCCGAAACUCCGGGCCCGGUCGCGUACUGUUCGGGCCAGCCGUUCCCCACGCUCCCCCCCCGGUCGCACAGGGCCCCGCACCCCCCUUCCCGACGAACGUUGCCUGCGACCUGGACUCGCCCAACAAGUACACCUGCUACAGCAGCACCGGCGAUUCGUCGAUCUGCUGCAACACCCCUUGCCCCGCAAUCCCGACCGCGGUUCCGUACUGCGAGGGUCAACCGAUCCCGACGGCUCGUCGGCCCCGCCCCCCCCCCCGUGGCGUGCUCACCCUACUCGCCCCUGCCCUACACGUGUUACGACAGCAUUGGCUCCAGCUUCAUCUGCUGCGGCGAACCCUGUCCCGGAACCCCAGGGCCUAUUCCCGCCUGCACCGGGCAGCCAAUCACCGCCAUUCCCCCGCCGGGGCUGGCCUCCCCGCCCCCCCCAACGCCGUGCGACCCCGCGUCGAAUCGCUCCAACACGUGCUACAACUCCGGGGGGAGCACCUUCGUGUGCUGCGACUCGCCGUGCCCCGCAACGCCGUCGGACGUUCCGUUCUGCUCCGCGCAGCCCAUCGUGGCACUCUCGGCGCUUUCCGCGCUGAGCGCGCCGGCCCCGGCCCCACUCGCGGUCACCGUGUCGUUUCCCCCCCCAGCGGAGGUGCUCGCGAGCCCCCCACCUCCGCAGCCCAUCGUGGCACUCUCGGCGCUUUCCGCACUGAGCGCGCCGGCCCCGCCCCGCUCGCGGUCACCUUGUCGUCCCCCCCGCCAGCGGAGAUACUCCGACGCCGACGCCAACCGCGACCGUUGCGAGUUCUCCGCCCCCGUUGGAAACUAUCGGGGCGCCCGCGCCCGCGCCGGAAACCCCAACCCCAACCCCUACGCCGACGCCGACUCCAACCGCGACCAUCCCAAGCUCACCGCCCCCGGUGGAAACAACGGCGGCGCCCCGCCGUCGCCCCCACAGCAGAGGGGCCCGCGCCUUAAACACGCUGUUUUCGCGGCGCCAAUAAUAUUGCAGGGUGGACAAAUACGAGACGGGAGUGUGAUCAAGUAA